UCAUAGCACGCGCUGACGGACCUGCGGCGCCGCCGCCCUGAACACCGCUUGUCUCCCUUUCCCAUCGCGCGAGACAACAAUGCUCACCCUGCAACUGCCCUGGCCCACGACCGGGCCUCAGGAGGGUCAGUACGUACUCUCUUUUCCCGAGCCGCUUGACAACUGCGCACUGCCCCCCAUCGCACUUUUGGCCUCCGACGCCGGUCCGCAACCGGUGCAGCGGUGAGGUAUAUAAUGAGCGUUUUUCUGGAGCCCCCUUAUCUCUCCCCCUAAACAUAGGCAACACAGGUCCUGAGAAAUUCCCAUGAGGGCCACUCAUCUCUUCCUCGUCGGUCUUUCGACGCUCAUCUUCGCCGUCCAUGCCGCUGUGCGCGAGUACGACUUGACCUUCGGCACCGACUGGCUCGCACCCGACGGGUAUUGGCGCAAGGUCUACACCAUCAAUGGCCAGUCACCCGGUCCGGCACUGGAGUGCGACGAGGGCGACACGCUCCGCAUCCAUGUCCACAACCACCUGCCCUUUUCGGCCACGAUCCACUUCCACGGCCUCGAGCACAAGGCACGUCCGUGGAUGGACGGCGUGCCGGGCGUGACGCAGCACCCCAUCCUGCCCCAGGAUAACUUCACGUACGAGUUUAAAGUCAUCGAUUACGGCGCCUACUGGUACCACACCCACGUCGGCGACACUUUUGAAGACGGCAUUCGGGGACCCAUCUUCAUUCGGCCCCGUGACAGCCGGCCGAGACCAUGGAGGCUCAUCAGUGGCGACAUCAACGAGCAGCGGUCGAUGGAGGAGGCCUUCCGGAAGCCCUACCACGCGCUCCUCUUCACCUGGCGCCACGAGGAUAUGAACAACGUGCUGAUCCGCGAGCAAAAGACCGGCACCAAUCCAGUGUGCAUCGACAGCGUACUCCUCAAUGGCCAGGGCCGCGUCAUUUGCCCCUCGCAAACGGUGAUCGCAAACGAGGCGGGAGAUCAGCAAGCAAUGGGCGACGUCGACGUCAAAGGGUGCAUGGCCAGACCAACGUACGCAUUUGUCAACAAGAGCAGCGACCUCAACCCCGUCACUUGCUCCAACACCACGUCGUCCUACCCCGUCAUUACCGCAUCGCGACACGCUAGCUCCGAUGGCGGCUGGGCAGCCAUCAAUCUCGUAAAUGCCGGUGGGCUGGCCUCGCACACCUUUUCGAUCGAUGGCCACGAUCUCUACGUGGUCGCUGCCGACGGUGAAUUUGUCGUCCCACAGCAGGUCCAGGCCGUCGAUCUCAUCGUCGGCACGCGCUACACCGUACUUGUCCGUCUGGACCAGCCCGUUGGCAACUACACGAUUCGCCUUCCCCUCUUCCGCUUUGCGCCCCAGCUCAUUUCCGGAUUCGCCGUCUUUAACGUCGACCGUUCGCGGCCCGGCCAGGCCAUUCAAGGCCUAAGUCAACAGAUCUCGCUCGGCAGCGUAAAAGCGCAAGGCCUUCCCAUUCUUCCCCCGGCCAACGGCCUCUUGGCGAGCGUCGGUAUUGAAGACCCGCUUGGGUCCAACUUCCAGUCGAGGCCCAGCACAAAUGAGAGUGAACCUCUCCUCGCCCUUCUGGGCUCCGUAAAAGCAACAUCGGUGACCAACGGUGUCGAAGUCGACACCUUGUCCGACUUCCCAGCUGGCCAGCCAGGCUACCCGCCUGUCAACACGGCCUGCCUGCGUAUCAACAGCACCGUCUGCCAGCCACGCAUGCUGCCGAGCCUAGAGCCGCUGCUUUCCAAGGGACAGAACCUGACCGACGCCGUCGAUGCUCCUCUCCAGGUGCGACCUGCCGAAUGGCUCAAUGGCUGGGACAAGCGCAAGGAUCAGCAAGGCCAGAUCACCAAUGUGCUCCCCACACCGCAGAAUCUCUCGCGCGUCUGGGUCCGGUACAACGGUACCAAGCUCUCCGGCGCAAGGACGCAGAACGACUCGGGGUUGGCGCCAUUCCCUGCCAAGCCUGUGCCCCAGGGUGCAGCCGACUACACGAUCCGUGUCACCGUCGCCUUGGCAAAUGUGCUCACCUGGGUUGUCUCGCCACGGGCCAAGCCGUUCCAGUCGCUUCGCUUCCUUCAGCAGCCACUGCUGUUCCGCAACCCAAACAGCUUCAGCAUCAACGAGUACGAGGGCACGGUCAUUGACCUGCGCAACGGCAGCAUCGUAGACAUCAUCUUUGAGCAGGCAUUCACCAAGAUUGAGCCCGAGGGCCCACCGCCGCACCCGCUCCACAAGCACCAGUCUAAAGUCUGGGUCCUGGGCCAGUCUGGGCCAGGGACCAACGGCAAUGCGACUCGAUUUCCCUUCAACAGCGUGGCCGAGGCGAAUCGACGCAAUGCGACGCUGCUCAACAUGCGGAACCCUCCGUCGCGCGAUGGAUGGCAGAUUCCCUCUGCUGGCUGGGCCGUCGUGCGUUUCGAGGUUGCCUACCCCUCGGCCACGCUGAUGCACUGUCAUAUCGGCCAUCAUCUAGCAAUGGGAAUGGCCCUCGUCUUCCGCGAGGCACCCGAGCUCUUUGGAAGGCUCCAAGUCCCGUCGUCGAUACGCGACGCUACCCAUGUCCCCGGCACACAGAUCGACAUGCCCUACAUUGGCCUUUCUGAAGUUUAAUCCCUACGACUCUUUCCUCCUCCAUCACUACUCGCUCAUCAGACGAUGUCUCUCCGUAGCCCAAUCUUCUCUAGACAAACCCAUGUGUAGAUGACCUUUGUGUACCACCGCUCCCCAAGC